UCUUUGGCAGCCGGGCAGCCCUGUCUGGGUUCGUAAUCUUCUGACGGUUGUUCUCUGAACGCUAAAAUUUUUUGGAAUCUCGGUGGGAACUGGGAACUGGGGAGGCAGCAAUGAAACCACAGAAGCAGGCAUUGAAGGAGAAGAGUAGCAGCUCAAGAGCGAGAAGUAUUCAGUCCCUUGAUACCGACCUUCUGUGCAGGAUCUUCUCACUUGUCAACCCUUUCGAUCUGGCCCGUUGUUCUUCUGUUUGUAAAUUCUGGCACAAUGUCAUCAAUACAUCUAAUAUAUUGAAGGCACUAUAUUACAAGCAGCAACAUAGUUCAAUGGGCCAUUCCAAUGUAUCUGCUCGUCCCGAAACAUCACUACAGAUGCACCUUGAGAGCCUUGCUAUGGAACAGCAUAAGCUAUCCUUACAAAAUGGUUUUGUUUCUGUUGAUCAAUGGAAGGGUCACUCUGUUGGGGUUGAACAGUGCCGAAUGAAGAUGGGAUUGAUUCUCACUGGUGUGGGGGAUAAGGUUAUGCGUAUCUGGUCAUCAGAAAGCUACAAGUGCUUGGAAGAAUAUCCUGUUCCAGAAAAAGCCCCUUUAGUCGAUUUUGAUUUUGAUGAGAGCAAGAUUGUUGGUCUUAUUGGAACCCGUAUAUGCAUCUGGAGACGUCAUGGAGGAAGAAGUAUAUUUCCAUCACGUGAAGGCACAUUCACAAGUGGCUUAUGUAUGCGCUAUAUAGAUCCAGAGGCUGUUGUUGGAUGUGAGGAUGGGACAGUUCGUGUAUUUGACAUGUAUAGUAGGAAUUGUUCUCGAAUUAUUAGGAUGCGUGCUGGUUCUGUAAUGUGCUUGGCUUUAACCGAUCAGCUAAUUCUCGGUGGCUCCUCUCUUGGAAGUAUUACAGUGGCUAGUCUUUCAUCUGGUGACAGCGUAGCAUCAUUAAAGUCAACUUAUUCCACAGGCAGCAUUUGGAGCCUUUGUUUCAACCCUCGUUCGCAUUUAGUAUUUUCAGGAUCAGCUGGUGGAUAUUCACAUUGUUGGGAUCUUAGAACAAUGAGACCACUUUGGGAAAAACGAGUUAGUCCAAAUGUUGUGUAUUCAUUGCAACAUCAGAUAAAUGAUACAUCAAUGUUAAUUGUCGGCGGAAUUGAUGGCGUGCUACGUAUUCUUGACCAGAAUACCGGUGAAAUUCUUGCCAGUUAUGUGCUACAUGAAGGCAACAGAGCAACUUCCUCUGAAAACAGGUAUGGUGUCAUUGAAAGAAAGAAAGCCAAAAGGCUUUCAGAAGAUACCCUCAUCGACAGUAUCCCAAAGCAAAUGCGACCUCCCAUUUCAUGUUUGGCUGUUGGAACGAAGAAGGUUGUGACUACACACAGUGGCAAGCUCAUUAGGAUGUGGCGAUUCAACAAAUAACCUGGAGGAGCUUUACAAGUACAGCAGUACCCUUGCUUCAUGGUCAACACCACCACAAGGUCAUCAAAUGAUACGGAUGGAGCGUACCAUCUCCCUCAAGCAAGGGUGCAAUUGGGUGGAUUCUUUGAAUGCUAAUGCAAGUUUUGAUGCAGCAGGAGGCUCCACUGUCAGAUUGAAGGUUUGGGCUUUGUACUAAGUGCUAUUUGCAGCCAAGGAUCAGAGGGUUGCAACACUACAGCAUUUCCAGGUAGAAGUUGAUGCAAUGCAGCUGGCCUGAUGGAUGGAAGAUGGGAAAUUUCAGAAAAUGGCCUCGGAAGUGUUGAAAUUUUGUGGGGUUCAGUGUUGGCCAUAUUCUCAAGAUCAGUAAAUAAGGCAGCUCAUAUGUUAGCUGGGAAGACACUAGAUUUGGGUUGUAAUAUUCUUUUAUAAUGAUAUUAUGUUCCACUGUGGUUUAUUUGUUUUAGAUAAAGGAUGCUCUGGGUUGUAAUCCAAACAAUGUUUUGGGUGUUUUUAGUCAAUAAAUAUUCUAUUUCAA